CCGCACCCAAUAGUUUCUCCUGUCUUCCGUCUUUAUUACAAUCAGAAACCAGAAAGUUCUUCACAAAGCUCUCUAAUGGCGUCUCUCGGAAAUCUGCCUGAAGAAGUAAUGAUUGAGAUUCUCUCCAGACUUCCGCCGGAGUCUCUUCUUCGAUUCAAGUGCGUUCGAAAAUCCUGGUAUGCUCUCAUCAACGACCCUAAAUUCAAAGCAAAACAUUUCUCCAAUUCUCUUCAACACAAACAAGUUCUUCUCAAACGUCUUGUUACCAAGAAUUCCGGCAACAAGGAAAACAUCUUCUCUUUCCUCAAACUCCCCCUCUCAAUCGAUCGAUCUGUGUCCGUUUCCGAUCUUGAUUUACCAUUCGAUGAAGAUUUUCGGUUUUUCGAAAUCCACGGCCAUUCUCACGGCUUACUUUGUCUCACCGAUCUUCGUAAGGAUAUUUUCCUCUGCAAUCCCUCAACCAGAGAGUUUCAUAAACUCCCGCCGUCGAUUCUUCUCCUCACUGAACCUCCGGCCGAGCCCGACGGGUACGAUUCGUCCACGAACGCCGUCGGAUUUGGGUACGAUUCGAAAUCUAGGGAUUUCAAAGUGGUAAGAGUUGUGGAUUUUGUGGAAGGACCUGGCUAUUUUCACCCUCCGAGAGUGGAAAUUUAUGAUUUGAGCAAAGAUAGAUGGAGAGAAAUUGAAACCCCUGUUUGUGGCCAUGUAUUUUGGGCGCCUUGCUUUGAGAUGUAUCAUGAAGGAACAUAUUACUGGUGGGCGGAAACUGAAGGAGGUACAGAAAUUAUACAGACAUUCGACAUGAGCGAGGAGGUUUUCGGCCGAAUUCUAGUGCCCGAGAGUUUCCAGGGGACGGGUGACAGGUAUAGGAGUUUAGGGGUUUUGAAUGGGUCGAUUGUUCUGUUUCAUUAUCCAUCGAGAGGAGAUGAAAGAAGCUUCGACAUUUGGGAGAUGGAGAAGGAUGAAUCUGGUGGGGUUUCAUGGUCAAAGUUAUUGACAAUUGGGCCUGUUUCUGGGAUCGAGAAGCCAUUGUUGUUUGUGAGUUCUGAUGAACUUUUGAUGGAAGCUAGUGAGGGACAAGUGAUCUUGUAUAAUAUUAGAACCCAACAGUUGAAGGAGGUUCCUGUGAAAGGGCAUCCAGCCAGGUUCCAAGGUACUGUUUUUGUUAAGAGUUUGAUGUCUGUGAAGGGAGGAAAUAAGAUUAGUUAUGAAUUUUGAAUUGAUGCUUUAGGUUUUACACAGAAUCAUCUGCUUCCUUGUUUCCUUAGUGCCCCUUGUAUGAGUGUAAGUUACAGAGUCCUUUCAAUACUUAAUAAGAAUGUUUAUAGGACACUGUUUGUGAAUAUGAAAUUUGAGAGUUGUUCUACAGUUAUGCUGAGAAACUUUGAGCAAAUUGUGAAAACUCGGGUCUUUCAUUGUCAAUAAGGAAGAUGGUUAAGGUUUAGGAUUACCUGACAUAUAUACAUUGAAAAUGAAAAUUUACCAA